CGGAAGUACCGAAGGAAUCAAGCCACACUGAGGACAAACAAAUCGUUAAGUCAACAAACAAUUUCAACACCGACACGCUCGAAGAAGACGCCGUGGCACUAAUUGAGGAACUGCCGAUGCCGAUGGAGCCAACACAAGAGGAAGACAUCGAAGAAAAGAUUGAGAAACUGGAAAUGGAUGACGAACUCAAAGAGGAACAGGUGGGACAGAUAAAAGACAUGUUGAAACAAGGACGUGACGUGUUUGCACAAUCUGUAUCAGAGUUGGGUUGCACCAAAAUU